UUUGUCAAACAGCAGCAGUCAGCUGACUCUCUUUGACGCUGGUAGCCUCGCCGGUUGUACUCCUCCGAGCUAGAGGAUAAAGAUGAAGGCCGCCGGCAGUCAUGGCUUCCUCAGACUUUGUGUACUGAUGUGUUUCUUUUUGUUGUUGCCCGCGUUCACGUGCGCGGCGGAUAAAAUGGCCUUUUCCACGUCACACCUCGGGGUGCUGGCGACGGAGCAGAGUCGCCGAAAAAGCCACCCAAAACAGAGACACCCCAACAGUAACGCGUUUUAUAAAAAGCAAACGGAGGACCAAAGUCUGCAGUUCAUGUGGAGUCUGUACAAGAAAGCGGCUAAUUCAGACGGCAGGCCGAAACAACGCAAAUUGUUUGGGUCCAACACAGUCAGGUUGAUUCGUGCGUCCGGAACCGGCAAGCACUUCUAUUCUUCAGCAAAGGAACUGCUGUAUACCUACACUGUGCAAUAUGAACUGAAAAACCUCCCACUGAACAAACUAAACAGGGCAUCCUUCAUUCACCUGAGGUCCCCUGUGGCAUCGUUCCCUCCGUUUAUGUGUGAGGCAAGAAUCUCCUCUUCACAGCAUGCCAAUGACACUGAUGUUGUCGUCUUGGGCCCUCGAAGCAUGUGGACUGAAUCGGAUGUUACAUCCCAUGUGUCUCUGUUUAGAGGCAGUCUGUUUGUCCUCUAUAUGCAGUACAAGUGUUGGGAAUCUGGCCCGGUUCAUUCUGUUGCGAGGCACAGGACACGCAAGAGACAUUUCCCACCACAAAACCAUUUGAGAGCCCCUGCCUUGCUUCUCUUCUUGGAAGAAGAGGAGCAUCCUAUGGAAUCGGCAAAGUAUGUCAAAGCCACUUCUCACACAGGCUCAAGGUCUCGUCGGUCCAAGGAAACCAGCAGCAUUGGUUCUGAUAUUCCCAAUUACAAGCGGUCUAAAAACAGUGUGGGCAGGAACCAGUGCAAGCUUCACUCAUACAGAGUGGCCUUCCGUGACCUUGGGUGGGACCACUGGAUCAUUGCGCCCCCCAUGUACAACCCUCGCUACUGCAUGGGUGACUGUCCACGCAUCCUGCACUAUGGCUACAACUCUCCCAACCAUGCCAUCGUCCAGACAGUCAUCAGUGAGCUCGGUGUUGCCGACAUCCCACUGCCAUCAUGUGUGCCUUACAAAUACAAACCUAUCAGUGUGCUGAUGAUGGAAAAGAAUGGCAGCAUUGUCUAUAAAGAGUACGAGGACAUGAUUGCAGAGUCCUGCACAUGUAGAUGACUGUGGGUUUAAAAUACUACAGCUGGAUAUUUAAGAACUGAAUAAGAUGGACUUUGCUGCAGUUCUGCUACCAUUUCUGACCUGCUGCUGCCAUCUGCUGCUCACAGCUCGCCGAUUCUUGAUUAAGGUAUGCUAAAGAAGUGUGAAGGAAUUAUUGCCUGAUGCAUGGAUCGAUAACAUCCACCAGCUGUGACAUUCUAUUAUUUUUUUCUUAAAUCUGUCCUUAUUUUUCAGUGUUUGUCUGUCUGCCUUAUUCAUGUGUUUGUUAUAAUGAUGGAGGGAAAAGGAAAAAACUAUAGUUUUUUUCUACUUGGACUAUUGAACUAUUUGGUAUUACAUGUUUGCACCUGGCAAAACUGUUCAAGUUAAAAAAAAAAAGGGCGAAAAAAGAAAGGAAAAAAAAGAUCCAUGAUGAGAGAACAUGUGGUGUCUUUGUAAAUCAACCUGUUUGUGUGUGUGGCUGGUUGGAUAUAAUACAUAGAAAGAUGCUGCUGCUGUUUCAAAUGCUGCUAUUGUUACCUCUUUAUGAAAUUAUGCAUUUUGCACACUUUUUCUAGAGAAAGGCAAAGGGACAUUUUUCUUGAAUGUUCUUUAUUUGUAUGAAAGAUGUGCAUAUGGUUUAUGGAGAAAAAAGUUUCAUACAUGUUUCCUAAAGAUGGAUUGAAGCAAUUAAUCAUGAAAUGAUUGUUUUAGAAAUGUAAAAAAAAUAAAUAAAGGGCAUAUUUUGUAAAAAAUAAAAUAAAAAGCC